AGUUGCUGUGUGUUUUUCUUAGCCGUUAUCAAAGAUUCGCCGAUAAAACAUUCUUUAAUCGGUGUAUUGUACAUACAUUCCCAAACGGUGGCUCCCGGCGAACGGUUUUCUGCAAAGGGUAGCUGGCGUGUAGCGAAAACUGAACCGGAAAGGUGCCGAAGGCGCAUCCUCUCUACAAUCACUUCCAUCACACAGCACCAUUAUCAAGCGUAACACAUAUCACCUGAACGUACAAAGCGCGAGGCAGCAUAAUAGGGUGAUCACGUGGCGGCUGCGUUUCAUCCUCCAAUCUAAACACGAAAACAAUUGCUUUCAUUCAUCCGGUAAACCAUCGUGGUAUUUGCGAUGCAACACAUUUACCUAACUUGCAAAUGGGCUGCAAACAGCUGUUAUCCUGAAACACCUUAAUCGUGCGUCGAAUGCAAAUUUGGUGGUCGUUGAAUAGAAAGCACAUCAAUCACGCAAGAUAUACGGUUACUACUGCAACGAAUCGUUUGGGUGCUAAAUCGAAACUGCUGCGUGUUGGUGGUGAAACACACCUCGUGAAGCUUAGCCAAAAAGCUCUGUGAGAUUCACGAUGGGGCAGUCAUUGUCCGAACCGGAAACGUCGAAAGAAUCGGCGUUCUGUCAGAAUGACUAUUAUAAGGUUGGAUCGAGCUGCAUGCAGGGCUGGCGCAUGCAUAUGGAAGAUUCGCAUACGCACAUAUUGUCGCUCCCGGACGACCCGGGCACGGCGUUCUUCGCUGUGUACGACGGACAUGGAGGUGCGAAGGUAGCCGAGUAUGCUGGAAUGCACCUGCACAAGUACGUUACACGACGACCCGAGUACGGCACCGAUUUGAAGCGAGCCCUUCAGCGUGGGUUUCUCGACUUGGAUGAAGCGAUGCUGAAUAACGAGGCACUGCGCGAGCAGCUGUCGGGCUCGACGGCCGUAGCGGUGUUGAUUAAGGAAAAUCAGCUGUACUGUGCCAACGCAGGUGAUUCACGAGCGAUCGCAUGCGUUGGGGGCCGGCUGGACGUACUUUCGUUCGACCACAAGCCGAUGAACACGACGGAAAUGGAUCGAAUUUGUAAAGCAGGUGGGUAUGUCGAGUACAAUCGCGUUAACGGCUACCUGGCACUCUCUCGAGCACUGGGCGACUUCACGCUCAAGCGUAACCAGGAAAAGCUGCCCGAGGAGCAAAUGGUGACAGCGUUCCCGGACGUGGAGGAGCGUGAGGUGACCGAGGACUGGGAUUUUCUGGUGAUCGCGUGUGACGGAAUAUGGGAUGUGCUAUCCAGCCAGUCGGUUCUCGAAUUUGUGCAGGAGGAGAUAGCACAGGGCAUCUAUCCACAGAAGAUUUGCGAGAAUCUGAUGGUUCGCUGCCUGGCACCGGACUGUCAGAUGGGUGGAAUCGGCGGUGACAACAUGACGGUGAUUAUUGUGUGCUUUCUGCACGGUCAACCAUACGAACAGCUGAUCGGUCGGUGCAAGGAUGCAGUUGCGAAGCGUGAAGCUAAGAUAAAGAAGCGCUACCGGAAGCCAUCGCACGGCGACACGGUAGCAGGGACAAGUUCGGAUCCAACCGAGACGGUCGGCGAGCGGCAGUUUGGUAAUGGGCGAGUAUUGGAGGAUGAUUCCGGGUCUGGCAGUGAUAGCGAACGAUCGGAUGAAGGAAGAAUUCACGCGCCACCUACAACCCCUCCUUCGGCGUUCGGUCCACCAUCGGUUGCGAGCGUUGCCGAGCCCAGCACAUCCUCAACUGAUUGCAAAAAAGGAGAAGCGGCACUGGAGGAAAACAACCCUUCCACGGAAGAGAAACCAACGUCAACCGGCGAAGACGAUAUGCGAAAAUUUGAGCAAGAUCCGAAGCAGAAUAGUGUAUGCACGAAAAAUACUGGAAUGAAGGAUAUUGGCACUCCUACCGAUGCGAAAUCAUCGCCGAAACUCGAUUCCGAACUACUUCCGGAGCUUAACAACGAUAGUACCGAUGAUACCAGCGAGGAGUUAGAUCUCAAGUAAAUGGAGGUGUCGGACAUGAUUCUUGUUUAGUGAACAUUUUGUUUUUGGCAUGACGGCAGAACUUUUACUACUUCUAAUAUCCUGGAAAAUUCCUAACUCUCUCGCAAAACGCGAUCACGCUGCCAAAUAACCACACUCCUGUAGCGGCUUUUUGUUUUAAUUUUUGAAUUUUGACUUUUUGCGUUAUUAUUCUCUUUUCUUGCUUAGAUAGAAUGUUGAGGACCGUAUUUCUAGAUAAAACUCCUUUCUACACAAAAAGUGGUUGCAUCUUCCUUGAUAAUUAAAAAGAGAACUUUUCUGAAGCGCUAGCAAUACCAAAUACUGUACAGCAAAAAACUCCCCUCGAACGUAACAUGUCGAUCGUGAGAGGUACAAUCGAAUCGUACUCGGUGUGGACCCGUUAGUGAAUUGUAGCUCGGGCUGAACGAGCCCAAACACUUAUGGGGUUGCACACAAACGGUUGGAAUAAAAAAAAAACGAAAUGGCAAACGUGCUAAAAUUGGAGAACGGAAACGAAAAAAUCGUGCCGUUCUCAUCACUUUGAUACGCUUCUUAGAGGAACUCUUUCUAGUGUUUCCUCACUUUCACCGGGGGCAAAGAACGAACAUCCGUGGCAGAGACAAAAUUUAGAGUAACAAUGGAGAAGUUGAAUAACGACAUAAAGGAUGAUGGAUAACAAUAAACACUAUCAGACGGAUCAUGCUCAUCGUCCUACUCAUCGGUCGCGUCUUGUUCCUGUAAAUAGGCUAAACUUUUUAUAAAACGAAUCUGUGAAGCAUCACUGAGCAGAGGAAUAAAUACCCUAAAAAAACAAGAAACAAUACCAGUUAAAAUAGACAAACGAAACCUGCAGCAAAACCAAACACGAUCGAAGGCGAUGAAAAUGUGUUACACGCGCAUAUACUGUUAGUUGCGCCAGUAGUUUACGCCACUCGGCAGGCGAUCUAGCGAAAUCUACCGGGGAGGACUGAUGCUGAAUAGAACAGAAAGUGAACUACAAACCUACGCUGUAAACUAUCCGAUCUAUAUGCAGACAAAUUAUACAUUAACAAAUGGAUAUAUAUUUUCUAUUUCGAAUUAAAUAUUGGUAGAGA